AUGGCAGCCCCCGAAACCGCAAGUCUCAAGGACCUCAAUGGAAAGUGGAUUAUGAACAAAACCCUGUCCGAUGAGACCGAUUCCGUCCUCGCCCUGCAAGGCGUCGGCUGGCUCACGCGCAAAGCCAUCGCCCUCGCAACCAUUACCCUCCACACCAAGGAAUACGUAGACGACGCAUCCGUAACGCACAUCGACAUCGAGCAGACCGCGACCGGCGGCAUCAAAGGCACGACCGAGCUGCGCGUCCUCGACAACCAGUUCCGCGAGCACACUGACCACAUCUUCGGGGAGCUCAAGGGCCGGAGUCGCUGGUUCAAGCUGUCUGACCUGGACGAGAGCGACUAUGACGAGAAGUACCUGAAGGAGGGGUGGGAGAAGGCUAUCGUGGAUGGUGAGGCGAUUGAGAGUUUUGUCGAAAAUGGGAAGGCUGGGUGGACGGCGAGGCAGAUCUGGGGAUUCAUGGAGGUUAAGGGGGAUAGGCGGUAUGUAAGGAAUGUGGUGGUGGUUAAGGGGGACCAGGUCAAGAGGAGGAGGCUGGUAUACGACUGGGCGGGCAAGGAAUAG